AUGUCCGCUCAAAAUUUAGCUGUGAAACUAUGCGGCAUUUUACAGCAACAGAACAACGAAGAAGUCACUGCGCGCGAGUGGCGCCUAGUUGGGCAAGAACAGGAUGGCUCACAAAUUUUGACAUGGAUUUCUACUCUACAAAAUAACGAUGUCCUAAAUAUAGGCGUGUACAUAAAUAGGAGUAAGACAUUGAAAACCCUAUACACAUUUGUUGAAAAAGUAAAUGUGAUUCAGGCUUCUGUGAAUUCAUCUCACAGUUUAGUGGCCUAUGUGGCGAAAACUAAUCCCAAUGAUUCUGAAACUGAAGCUCUUUAUCGGCCCUAUUUAGUAGGAAUUUUGCCUGAUAAAGUAACCGGGCCUGAGGAGAUUGAGGAAUGGUCCAACAAACAGGUUAUGGUUCAAUAUGUAUAUGGAAAGAGCAAUAAGUAUAGCCCUGGCAUAAGAAAUGACAGAUUUAUACUAUUUAGGCAUCUUGAAUGCAUUAAGAUAUACAGAACACCAAUGUUUUUGAAUGAAUGUGAUGAUGGUUCAGAGAAAUGGGGUUUCGAUGGCAUCUAUCCUGAACCAGAAACCAUUGUAAAUGUGUUUUCUUGGGCUCAAUGGGACUGUGCUAAUCAAGUGUUAUUUUACAUCCAUUAUCGAGUUUCAACUCAGAGCUUUGCGGAAGACGAAGAAGCUAAGUCGCCUACCGAACCUAUACCAACAUUAUCAGCACUGCAGUUUCAUGCAGACUUGCCCUACGAAACUGUGUUAAAUAUUCCUCUAAGUCUUCCGCAUAUGCCGGGAUCCCACGGCGCAGCGGCAGCGUGCGGUUCCUAUGAAGACGAUCCGGUGCCCCUGAGAGUUCACGAUUGUAGUCUUGAUCUUUACAUUAUAUGCGACCAGCGAGGACUUUUGUGCGUCUGCCAUCACUAUUUGUAUAAGCCACUAGAUGACUCUACAAGUUCUCUAGUUCUAGACGAUGUGGAUUUGAAGGAUUCUGGCGUUAACUUCGCGUAUUCGGUGACACUCCUCCACCACGGUUGUGUGGUUCACAACGUAGUGCCCGAUUUGCCAUGGUCUCUCGCUAAAUCCCUUCGCCCAUCUUAUACCCUCUACGCAGAUAACCAUCUCCUCGUUCAUAUACCGAUGCUCUUUACCCACUUCAUAGAUAUAAGCCCACACCACGAGCCAUGUUGCCAUAUCGUUAUGCCUAUAGAGAGUUCUGAGAGUGGUCCAAGCCUCGCUCCGCUGUUGGGCUGGGGGAACCACACCAUGGUGGAUCUUAAUACACUAGACGUAGUCACCAUGGCCAUAGCAGAAAAAGACCUAGUAGCAACAUACAAAGGUGAUACAGUGCUCGAGAAUAGAUUGGGCGUUCUGCAUUACUUGAUUCAGCAUGAAGGAAAUAUGGAUUUGGCGGAAGACCUUAUAUCUUGGUCGUGCCUCAAUCAACACGAUGGCUUGGGCGGCUUACAAAAGCUAAUGCAGGAAUAUCUGAUCAGCGUCACCUAUGCUGUGACGCGACGUUCGUUACCCGCAUCAGCCAUUAGCCUCAUGAAUUGGUUGCCUUUUACGAUGCACUUGAAAUUCACGGAUGUUAAGGCUGGUGCAAUUUCUGUGUCAGUCAGCAAGGCAGCGUUGUGGCGAAGCGCCGUGGCCGCUGUAGUACUCUCCCCUCGCCAACGCGUAAGUCAGUUUGCAGAAGACGCGUGGACCCGCCUUUGGGCUGCUCUUUGCGCUCUCGCCACCCCGAAAGAGAGAUUGCAACCAGCUCUCGUGUUGGAGAGACUGCGCGUGAGCUUGCAUUGCUAUCAGCCGGAAGCAUUGUCCCGGUGCAGCACACCAAUGUCGCCGACAUCAGGACCGCUACCAACUCGAAGACCUUCUCUCGUCGCUCAGGAUGCCUUCCCCUUCAUCGAACUUGACGUUUGUACUGCCAGCAAGCAAGAACAUAUUAUAGCUGCGAACCUUCGAGCUGUUAGCGUGCACUUAAUGCGCGAAAGCAGCGCCGGCGGAGGCGCAGCGCUCGAGAGCGGCGUGCACGCAUUAGCUACGCGAUGGGCAGCCGCGCAAUUGGACGCAUCGCGCGCUCUCUGUCGCGCCACAGUCAAAGCGGGUGCCGCUGUCCCUCUUCCGCAUCAACCGCGCGGUUUCGCAUACGUAGAUGAACUCGACCCGACACACGCGCUCAUCCUAUUCAAACUACUGGAGCAGUACUACGUAUCGGCAGACUCCAUCGCAUUUCCAUUGCCGCAAGGGUUCAGCUCCUUCUUUACUUACCUCGGCUAUCGGACGCUGCCUUUCUACGCAUUCGUACAGUACGUGCAUAGGAACGUACUUGAGUUGCAGAUUGAUGUUCUCAAAGCAAUCAUUGCGGUAGGUAAAGACGACGAUAGUAAACGUACAGUGAACAACAAGCUGCGUUUAAUUCAACUAGUGGGCGAAGGCCGAGGACGUCGGGCGCUGGCGUCCUGGCCCAAUAAGGCUGCCCUGGUGCUCCGAGCCCGAGACCAUGCUGCGGCACUUCUAAGCGGUGUUACUCAGCCAUCGAGAGAUCAAUAUCCACAUCGACCUAUCAAGGAUACUGGAAUUGCAGCACUUCCAUCGGGUGAGCGCCUAUCCCCACUCGAUACAUUCUUGGAUCUGCUGACUGCUAAAGCUAGCCUCAACGAACUGGACUUCAAUCUCAUAAUCGAAGCGACUCUGGCUUCAGUUCAACAAGAUAUUGCUGCUUAG